GUGCGAUUACUUCCCGCACCUCACGUUUCUGCACCCGUCAGAUUCUCAGUUGACAGCGCAGAUUCAAUGUUGAAGAGAGGCGGACUUUCCCAAGUGUUGUAACCGACCUUUCCUCCUCCUUUUCAGCCGAUCUCUACGAUCGGAUCUUUUGGAAGCUGCUGCUUUAACACGUGCGUCGGGGAGGAGAUUCGUCAGUUGGGAGAGUGCGGCGUUAUGGGGCGCUAGAACAGGUUCUGCCAGCUGACUCUCCAGAUCCUGAGCAACAAACUCGCUGUCAGGGCGGUAAGGCGGGCGCCAUCGUCGUACGCUUCGGUGCCCGUGCGGGGUAUUUCCCCAUUCUGCGAAGGAACUUCCAGCUUGUGGCUGGCCGCCCGGCAAGCAUGAGUAAGGCGCCUCACUUGUACCUCUCGCAUCAGCCCAGUGCAAGAAGCGCAGCGACGACGGGCUGCUUUCAGUUCGCCUGUCUCUUUAGACCGCUUUUCUAAACUUGCUAAUGACGGAUUGUCUAAUCUACAUGUCCUGGUUCUUUCCAGCAUGGAAUUAACUGAUGAUAUGAUACCCAUCGAUUCAGACUGUUUCACUUUAGAACAAGGCUAUCCGGUGGAGCGUAACGAAGCAAUAGAAAUGAAGAAAACGCUGCCCCUGGAGUGCCCACAAGAGGCGGACGACUUGUGCGACUCCGGCUUCUUGGAGAACUUCAACUCCGGCUGCUCGCUGCAUGACCGACGGAACCAGGAUGGACAAGAAGGAGACAUGGACACAGCGGAGACGCGUGCUAGCCUGUGGAGAUUUUUAUCAGAAGAUCAAGACACGUUUCUGCAUUUGUGCAUCAUCCAUGAGUCAGAGGACAGAGCUCUAUCAAUUAUUCAUCAAGCCAGUCCAUCUUUCCUAAAUUUCCAGAACACAUUGUACCAGACACCACUCCACUUGGCUGUUUACUUACGGCUGGUGAAGACGGUCCGUGACCUGGUUUUGUGGGGUGCAGACACCAAUCUCCAAGACUGGAAUGGGAACACACCUCUUCAUCUGGCCUGUGACUACGGAUACGUGGACUGUCUGCAGGCCCUGACACAGCCCCCCACCGAAGAAGAGCAGCUCCAGCGUCCACAACAGUUAAUUGAGCCUCCAGACCUGGAGAAGCAUAAUUGGAGAGGUCACGCUUGCAUUCACAUCGCUGUGCUGCAGGGAAAUUACCAGACGUUGGAGAUUCUUCUGUCCCUAGGAGCUGAUAUCAAUGCUGAGGAAGUAACAUGGGGGAGGCGACCCUUGCAUCUCGCAACAGAGAAUAAUGACAUUAAAAUGGUAUCACUGUUGCUGGAAAGGGGAGCACAAGUGGAUUCUGAAACAUAUAGUGGCGUGACCCCACUAGAGCUGGCCAUCGGGCGAGGCAACGGGCAACUUGCUGUGGAACUUCAACACACUGUGGGAUUGAGUGGCUCGAACACCAGUGUGAUUAUUAAUGGCUGCUUCUUUGAUGAUCUGAAACUAAGAGGCCUCCCACUGACAAGUCAUUAAUGGAGCCAGUUACUCACCAAGCUUCCCCCUCUGAACUUGUGAAGGGGGACUUUUUCAGGACAGUUUUGACAUCCUUUUGGAAUUCACCUCCUACCUGAACCCUGCCUCGGGCCACUAGGCUUGUUUUUUUUGAAGGACUGCAUUGAGCCUAUGUGGGUGAAUAUAUAUGUGUGUGUUUUUUUUCUGAACUGCUGAUUUUUAUUUUUGGGAGGUAGGAUUGAGCAGUGAGUGCUCAUUUUAUGUAGCCGAGUUCCCUUCCUCCAUUGAUUUAUAUUUUCUUGUCAAUCCAGGCCUAGCAGCACUAAGCAAACACUUAAUUCACCCUGGAUCUAGGAAAAGUAGAGCUUCUUUAUAAGAAACCUGCAGCUUUUCUCUCUAAGCAUUAAAAAGGAAUCCAUUCAUUGGCAAACUGACCCAUCCUUGUUAUUCAUCUGUAAGCAAUGAAUUUGCCAUAUCAGACUAUUGAAGGAGUUCUAUAUAGCAGACGUCAUCAUCCUCCUAAUACUAAAAACAAUAAUGAUGAUGAAACUUUUGAAACCAGCAUGCUAUUAAGUAUUUUUCAAUCUAUAGUCCUUGUAGACGAUUGGAUUUUAUCAUUAACUGUGUGCGAAUAUAUUCGGCCUUCCAGGAAUUAUGACAAGGCUGCAGUUACAAUAUUUGUUUGGCAGCAUGAAAACAUAUAUGCAGUUUGUAUCAAAAGCAGUUACCAUAUUGGAAUUUGCUGACAAUAUUGAAGUGUGUGGAAUCUUAACGAACAGAUCCAUUUAUUAUCAUUGUGCAGAAUGAAAAAUGGUACUACAUUCCUUAGUUUAAUGUGUAAGCUGCGUAUGACAGCAGACUGUGCUUUUGUGCUGUCUUUUUAAGCCAAAUGAUGCCAAAGAGGCCAAGGCAGAGAAAAAGAAAAAAAGCUGUAACAACAAAAGUGAUGAAUACAGAGGGAAAGUAAAUGGGACAAGCUAAUAGAUGAAACACAAGAAGCAUAUGUCCACAAUUAGGUCACCUUGUACUGCAUUUUGUGCUUAUCUGUCAGGUUGGCUAGCUGCCUGCCAAAUGUUAUUUUAAAAGGGUUUCCUCCUGUUCAAGUUAA